GAUUGGAGUAAUAAAAAUUUUUAUAUGUCACAAGUACUAGAUUGAUUUACAAGUGAUAUAAUGAACAAUAUUCAAAUUGUUAGUAUCUUUCAAAUGGCGAGGAAUGCAAGAUAAAUAUAAGUCAACUUGUCAAUGAUAAGUGGGAGAUUGUUCAUUGUUGAGAUUAGACAUUGAUAGAUCUUCGAGAAUUUGAUCAGAAUAUAUUAUUGGGCUUUCCCAAGCCACAGAGCCCUUUCUCUAGGCACUCUUGCUUAUGAACCCUGGUCUCUUCAGAGGCCCAAAAUUGAUUGAAGCGGAAGAAAACAGAACGUGGAGUGCUGCGGCCGGCUGUCGGCGGAGUUCAGUGAAGCUAGAGCUUGCGAAGGCAGCAGCAGCAAUGGAGGUUCAACCCAAGAGCUCUCGCAAGGAGAAGAAAGCAAAACGACAAGAGGUUCUGGAAAGGAAGAAGAAAAUCGAUAAAUUGAUACAAGCAGCUUCUUCCGAGCACGACCAUCUCUCUUCUUUCCCUCCCUUCCGCCGUUUCGACAGAAAUGGAUUGUGUGUUGUUUUGGAGUCUGGAAAUGGCGAUAAACUCUCUGCUGCUCUAAAGCAAUACAUUCAGAAUCUCCUCAAAGUAGAACUCGUUCCCAUUCCUACGAAUGAUUGGCUUUCUGGGUUUUUCUUUCAUUGUGAUAAAAAUGAUUCCUUUUCGUUUGAAUUUGGGAAGGUGAACAUGGAGGGUCCAUUUGGGGAAGAAUGGCCAGAGGAAGAGAAAGUCAAGCGCAGAGAAAUGGUGUCUCCAGAAGCACGUUAUAUCUUCGUUAAGGAAGAAUCCCCUGAGGCUGAUAAUGAUAAAACUGCUGCCUUUGUAGGCUUUGUUCAUUUCAGGUUUACUCUGGAGGAAGAGAUACCUGUUCUCUAUGUUUAUGAGAUUCAGCUCGAGUCUCGUGUUCAAGGCAAAGGCUUGGGGAAGUUCUUGAUGCAACUCGUUGAGCUUAUUGCUCGUAAGAGCUGUAUGAGUGCUGUAGUGUUAACAGUUCAGAAAGCCAAUGUUGCAGCAAUGAAUUUCUACACGAGCAAGUUGAGAUACACAAUAUCAAGCAUUUCACCAUCACGAGUUGAUCCCCUGAUGGGAGCUGAAAAGAGUUACGAGAUUCUCUGCAAAGCAUUUGAUCGUGAAGCCAAGGUUGCACUGGAGUGGGUAACUGUUCAGAAAGCCAACGUUGCUGCUAUAAACUUCUACGCAACCAAAUGGAGGUUUUCACCCGACUUGUGCAUUGUUCUGCAGAUGGGUGCCGAGAAGAGCUCCAAGAUUCUUUGCAAAGCAUUCGAACAUGAAGCCAAGGCUGCCCUCAGACUUUGUAACCUGAAUUCGCUAGCAUAG